GUCGGUACCGUCUUCGCUUCCACCUUCAAUUUCCCCGAUUGUCUCUCCAACACUGCUUGCUCACUAUCUUUGUGUCUCUGUUCCCUCUUUUGACCCGGAUUGCGCAGUCUCUCGUUGUCCGAUCUCGCCGUCACAGACCCAGUCGUCUCUCCUUCGUUUCCUGCCAGUCAGCUAUGGCACAAGUCGAAUCGCCCGAAUCGCCCAAGUCGCCGACCCUGCCUGACACUCUCCUGUCGGUCACGGCCCUCGCUCGCUUCGAGUUUGAACCGGGCAAAGGGAACGAUGGCACCAAAGUGAUGAUGGUUGAAUGGCAAGACGAUGACGAGGCAAGAGAUAAAUCAGGCCGAUGGCAGGUCUCCUGGCCCGGCAAACGCACCGUCUUUCCCGCAGACGACAACCCCUCGGACAAUAUCCGUCGUGUAUAUUUCCUGCUGCCUCCGGGUGCCAUUGUGCCACCUCACAUCACUUUGGCGUAUCAUCCUCCCAUAAACCCCACCGAACCUACCGAGACCCCAGCGGUGGAGCAAAAGGCUCCUCUGAGAAUGACAGUGAACCCGCUACCUGCUAUCUUCACCCCCGAACUCGGGGCUACGGCGAAGGCCAGCGGGAGGAAAGGGGUGCUGCACACCAUAUGGGCCAAGAAGAGGCUUCAAGUCUUGGAGAAGGAGAUCAAGCAGGAGGAGGAACACAACCUCGAAGGCAUCGCCUUGGAAAUGGCACGGUCGGAAAAGUCUUGGAUCGAGAGCAACUUCGGCCUGGCUCCAAAACCCCCGAGCCUCGAUCUGAGCAAUAUUUCCAAAUCUCUAGGCCCCACGAGUCCAGGCAUCCAAAGUCCCAAGUCUCCUGGUGGACGAAGGCUGAGCGAGAAGCUCAAAGGCUUGAGCAUUGGUACCAGUGACAGGGACCUCAAUGCUAGGGGCCUCAACACUCCAACCCGCGAAUCCCAUCCUCUCUCACCCGAGGCAUCGGAUAUGGCAUACUCGUCGUUUAGUAGCUUUCGCAGUGGCCCAGGGUCCGCCUCAUCUGCCACCACUGGCAAAAAGAUUGUCGCUCAAGCACCGCCAGACUUUAUCAGAAAACAGCAGGGACAAUCACCCGCCACUGCCUCUCUGAACUCCAUGAGCCAAGCAGCGAAACUGGACGACCCUGCAGACGAUGAUCUAUUUGCGGUCGCACUGAGUCCGAGGUCACCAGAUGGCCCAAAGAGUCCGUUUUCAAUAUCGAGCGCGGAAGUCGGUGCCUUUGCAAAGAUCAAGGGUGAGCGAUGAGGAAACACCACCCUUGAUAUGGUCAUGACAAAGUUUACAACGUGAGACGAUUCAUAAACGAUACUAGAAACCUAUUUGAAGACUGCAUAGAGUUGGAAUUCCAGCCCCAGAUCAUGAGAGCCACGACCCUUUAUGUCCAACAUUCACCCACGACAUUCAACUGAACUCCCAGCUGCUGAAUGACUGCGAUAUCCUUGCCCUUGGCUGAUGUCGGCAGCCGUCCAUGCGAAACUUCCCUAAAAAGAUGCCUCCAUCUAGAAAAUAAACAAGACAAGAUGAAAUUCUAGAAACCAUCCCGAAAUUAUGCAAACAUUGCUGCCGCAAUCAAUCCCACAAUAGCCAUCACAGAGCUUCCCAAUUGGUUCGCAUCACCCUGGAAUGUCGAUGCUGAGGGCGCCGGGGCGCCAGCGGAGGUCGAAGUUGGCGAAGGCGGCACAUUUCCACCAGGCGGAGCGGUAUAGCUUGUGCACCCGCUUCCAGGACAUUGAGCGGUGGUAGGAGCCGGGGCCAUGGCGGUCUUGGUGCAACCGCAGACCUCGUCAUACCAGGUGUAUUGUGUGCCGGCCAAGCCUGAGCCGGUGGCAGCGGCUGUCGCUGGCAUCUCGGAUGUCUUUGUGCAUCCACAUUCGUGAUCCCAAUAUGUGACGGUUAAGGUUGGGGCGGCUGUGGUUGUAGCGUCGACAGUGGCAGAGAUGGGAUUGCCGGUGACCGUAGCAUUGGGCAUCGAUGUUGCCAUUGAAGUGGGCAUUGAAGUCGAACCAGAGGAUCCCGCGGGAGAGAGGCUCACGCUGAACAGCGGAGAGAAGUCCAUGGCACCACUCUGAACCAACGCCAGGGCAUAGUUGCCAGCAACAAACCCGUCGGGGACUGCGACGGUCCAGUCAUACUCUCCGUCGGUGGCCGCUUUGUUUUCUGUGCGACAACCGUCAGUCAGUCCCAGCCUCAUAUCGCUCUGUACGUUCGACUUACCGAAGAUUGGGGUAUUCCAGCUCGUGUUCCCGAGGAACAAGGAGACGGGGGUCCCAUCGCCAACAGUCCAGUGGAUCGGCCAGACUUGACCGACUGUAACGGCAUUCCACGCCAUGUCGGGGGUAAAGGUGGAUGUUUGAGCCAUUGCCUUGAAGGCGAAGGUGCCAACGGCGACAAGCAAGAAAGAACGCAUCGUCGUUCGGGGAUAUGCAAGUUGCGGAGAUGGAGAAAUGAGUCUUUUCCAGGCCGUCAAGGUGUGAGAUGAACUGUUGCAAGAUAUGGAAAGGAAACGGCAAACGAAUGACAAAGUGCAAAGGAGUGACUGAAGAGCAAAGAGAAGACAAAAGAACUGCCAGAGCACGAGCGGCGAAGCCACGUAAAUGAAGGUGGCCGGCGAUGCCAAUGUUUGUUGUUGCCGGUGGUUGAACACGGUGCAUUCCAGUGAGGAAUGGACUCGGAUCAAACUGGUUUUGAUGUCGACGGCUCGCACAGGUCGCAUUCCUGGCGCCCUCGACGAAUGACAGGACGGAUCAACCGUCCAAGCUCAAACCGCCAGGCCUCACCUCUGAUCUGGAGUUGCAUUGCGUCGUCUGGGCUCUGGCUGGUUGUCCGAGCUUGGAAUGAGAAGGAUGAUUGCACCACGGCCCUGACGGCCAGCCAGCCACCGCAAAAGCAGGGAGCAUGGUUGGCAGAGGUUGAUUGCGGGCGACUGCUUGGAUCUACUCGGUACUGAUGCGCUUGUCGCGCGCGGCUGAGGUCGGAGGGAAAUGCUUAGAGCUUUGGCCAUGGCACAAGGGAGGCAGGCAAUCGUUCAAAGAGAGAAUAAAGGGCCCGGACUGAUAGAUCCCAUACGAACAUGCAUUACGGAGUACAUAAAAUGCACUGCUGCGGGCCACCAAUCUCUCAGCCAUGGCACGGCGAUCUUGCACACCGAGCUCGACAAACUCCCUCUUGUUGUCCUUGUUUCACAGGUCCGCUCCGAGCUGAUCUCGCAGGAGCAUGCAAAUGCGCUCAGACGGUACCCAGAACACGUCCGACGCCUUGCUUCUCCCAUGAUGCCAUCCAUGCCCAGACUGUUUCCCAACGAGUGCCGAAAACAAAGUCACCUUCUCUCCUCCUGCGUCUAUUCAGAAUGGGCCCAUCCCGUGGAAUUCCCGCACUGUCUUUUGUCCCGAGUUCGGGUGCCUGAUGCGGAAGAGUGCCAGAGGAGGACACUCUCGUUUGGGUUGUGCUUUGGAAAUGGUUGACAAGUGAUUAUUAGGUACAUAGUUGAUACAACUCGGGCAAGGGUUUCAUCAUGUCCCAUCCAUGUCCCCGAAAUGAAAAAAAAAAAAA